GAAAAUAUACGACCGUAAUGUAAAUCGCCCGACAAAAGUGUAAAACGUCAAAAAACUUAAUUUGGAUGGCCCAGUUUGGGGCCAUGUAUGUACUAGUUCAACCUUAUCUUGCCCAAAUUCUAAUGCUAACAUGUAACCCUCCAUACACACACACUUGACCCUUAUCUUCAUUCCUAGCAUCCCCAUGUUAAAGCACUUGCCAAAAUGGACUUCAAAUCCCUUAACGUUCCUUCUUCCCACCCCAUUUCUUUCUUGCAGCCCAUCGGGCCAUGCCGCCGUCGCCUGUUGUCCUCCGUCCGUCGGCCGUCUACAGUUCAAGCUUGAACGAGCCUCUCGAACGCCUAGUCGUGCUAGACGGAGAGUGAUAUACGAUGAGGAGGAGGAGGAGGAGGAUGAAGAGUAUGGGUACAAUGAAGAGAUAGCAAUGCUGGAAAUGUAUACUCAAUCCAUGAAAGAUGAGAUUCUUUUGGUACAGACUUGGGUGGAUGAGGAACAAGUUGAAGUUCUCAUCUUCAAGGGAUUUUCAUCGUGCCUGAGUUACAAGACAUCUGCAGACCCAUCAAGAAGUGUGGUUCCAAGCAAGGCAGUAAUCAGGAGCAUAGACAGAAUUAAGGGCCCUUUUGAUCCGUCCAAUAUUCACUACAUUGAGAAAGGACUCACGUUUGAUGCAUUCAAGACCCGAUUCCACCGCCCAAACUAAGUUCAUAUUGUGGGUGGGAGCGCACUCGAUGCGUGUGUAUAUUUUAUAUUUUUAUUAUAUUUAUUUAAAGAUAAUUACA